GGGUGGUGGGCGGUGGCGUGGACUUGACUCAAGACUCUUUGUUUGGUUUAUUCCCUUUCAAAUUCCGUUAUUCCACUGUAACUCCUCUUCCUCUUCCUCUUCCUCUUCCUCCUGUUGCCGACGAAUAGAAACGAAAGAGAGAGAGAGAUCGCGUUGGACUGGUCUUGCUUACAAGUAACAAUGGCUUCCACCGAGGGUAUAGUACCAAUAACCAGGGCUUUUCUGGCUUCCUAUUACGACACAUACCAAUUCUCCCCUCUCUCAAACGACGUUGCUCGCCUUUCCUCUGAGAUUCACUCUUUCACCGCCGAUUUGCUUAACAGCUCUCCGGCUGCUGAAGGCGAGGAGAGAUUAUUAGUGAGUGAGUUAGAGAGUGAACCGCCCCAUAAAGUUGACGAGAACAUGUGGAAGAAUCGAGAACAUAUGGAGGAGAUACUGUAUUUACUUGAAAAGCCUCAUUGGCCUCGAUCGCUUCAACAGCAGUUAAGUCCUGAUGAUGCUGAACUUGCUACUAUUAUCGAUCGUCUCCACCAAAAGUUUCAAACUAGUUUGAAGACAUUGGAGUCUUUCCAAGCUAAAAAUUCGGAACGUGUCUUCAAUACAGUUAUGACUUACAUUCCCCAAGAUUUUCGGGGAAAGCUCAUCAGACAACAGAGGGACCGUUCAGAGAGGAAUAAGCAAGCAGAGGUUGAUGCUUUGGUUAGUUCUGGAGCAUCUAUACGUGAUCGUUAUGCUCUCUUGUGGAAACAACAGAUGGAGAGGAGGAGACUUUUAGCGCAGCUUGGUUCUGCUACUGGUGUCUACAAAACCCUUGUCAAGUACUUGGUUGGGGUUCCACAGGUUCUACUAGAUUUUAUUCGCCAAAUAAAUGAUGAUGAUGGGCCCAUGGAAGAACAACGACAACGUUAUGGACCACCUUUGUACAGACUUACAACUAUGGUGCUUCUUAUAAGACUCUUUAUUUCGCUGUCUUGGGGGCGUUUUGAGACUAGAAAAUUAAAGAGAGAAGAGGUAGCUGUAUUGGAACAAGCUGCUGAUGUCUACACCACUGAGUUUGAAAGGUUUAUAACGUUUAUCAGCGAGGUCUUUGCAAAUUCCCCCUUUUUUAUCUCAGCAGAGGUUGCCGGUGCAUUAGAAGGAAGGAAUAAUGAUGAUUACAAAGAGAUAAGUGUUCCGGCUGGGAAAACUCAUGAGGUUUCGUUGUCUGUGGACGCGAUAAAUUCAUACAUUGCUUGGGAUUUUUCGCUUGUGCAAGGGAAGAUAAACUUGGAUAUUGGAUUUAGUGUCGAGUAUACAAAUCCUUCUGGGGAAAAAUCUCUCAUUUUACCUUACAGACGCUUUGAGUCUGACCAAGGAAACUUUUGCACAUGCGAGGUUGGAAACUAUAAGCUGCUUUGGGACAAUUCAUAUUCAAGUUUCUUUAAGAAGGCGCUGCGCUACAAGGUAGAUUGCGUACCUCCAGUUGCUGAGCCAGUGGCACCUGCGACUGAAGCUAAAGAAUGAGCUUCUUGGCAAAUUGGAACAUUUUAUCUUCACGCCGGAUAGAUGCUGUCAGUAAUUUCUGUUGCGUUGAAUUGUAUAAUGUUAUUCUUUUCUCCUUUUUUUUAUACGUUGCAUCUCCUGAGGUUGGACAUCCAGAUUGGUUUCUUUCAUUAUCAGGGCAUGCGAUUGAUGGUACAAAAUGUUGUAUUAUAGAUCCUCUGUAUAUUACCUUUUUAGCUGACAAUCAGUUAUUGAAAAUUCAAGUCAUCAGCAACAUUUCAAUGAUCA